CUGGUCAUAGGCAUAUUUGAUACUGAAAUCCCCCUACUGGACCUCACUUGGUUAACAAGACCGGCUGGGGCUCCACACAUGAAAACACCCACAGUCUUGGCCAUCACUGUUCCACCUCCCUCCCUCCCGCCUUCCCUGAGGUGGCAGGAACAGAGCUGUAAUUGAGAGCCCUCGUCCCGAGAUGAGGCAAGAGACGCUCUGAGACUGCUCACUGCCCGCUCAGAAAGAAGAGUAGCUGGGCCCACCGAAAAGAGUUGCACCUGGAACUGGGGAGGUUGCCCAGGAGGUCAUCCCGAGAGGAGCCGUGUCCUGGUGCCUUAGACGCUGCAUUACCGGAUCAAGAUGACCACAGCCACCCCUCUGGGGGGGACCACCUUCUUCUCAUUGAACGUGACCACCAGAGAAGAUGACUUUCUGUACAAGAGUUCUGGAGCCAUCGUUGCUGCCGUUGUUGUGGUUGUCAUCAUCAUCUUCACCGUGGUUCUGAUCUUGCUGAAGGUGUACAACAGGAAAAUGAGGGCGAGGCGGGAGCUGGAGCCCAAGGGCCCCAAGCCAGUCUCCCCUUAUGCUCAAGGCCCUCCCAGCAGCAGCAGCCAACAGCCUGCAACUGUGACCUUCAGCCCUGUUGACGUCCACGUGGAGACUCGGUGACCCCCACCCUGUUGCUAUCUCAGCUACUGUCUGAAGAGCCUUCUCCAGUCAGGACCAACAAGCACGUUUCUCCUUUGGCAGCUUCAAUAUGAGUUCCUUCCAGUCAGAUCGACAGGGGCUUCUCAUCCAACCCCUGAAGCUUCAGGCAACCCCCACCCCCAUCCUGCCCUGCCCUCCCCACCCCCAGUGUGUCCGUAUCUCUGCUGCCACCUUACCAAAAAGCUGUGGAAUACCCUUUUGUCAUCUGAGAGUGUCAACAACUGAGUCAUGUCAGAGUAAGGGCCAUAUCCACAGCUUUGCCGAGCGAACUAUUCAAUCCCAUAAUCAGGGGAACUAACUGGACUAACUAACCAGAAAACCAGCUCGUGGAUUUGUAACUUAUCCCGGUACUAGAUGACCGCUAACUCGCUCAGGACGAUGGAUGGGUCAGCACACCUUUCCCUCUUUAAGAGAGGUUGAGGAGGACACGGAAUUCUUCCCCCAAAGGUUUCUAAUCAUUAGUAAAAGUCAGAUUGGCAGGCAUAGGGUGACCUUGAGGAUUAAUGGCCGCUAGGACACUACUGAUUGCUACAGUGUCCAGGGGCCUGGGACAGCCUGGUGGCUGGUCAGAGCCCCUCCUUCGCUCUGGGCGGAUUAACCCUGGCUUAGUCUCAUUUCUCGGCUUCCCUCGAUUGGGAUCCUGAGCAGUCCUCGCUCUCGGGUUAACACGUCCGCUGGAGAACCAGUGUUUGGACAGAUUAGAUUACAGCUCUGUUUAUGUUACCUGUGCCCUUUCCUGGUCACCUUGCAGAAAGUCAGGACACAUUCAAAAUACCUCGUUCACAACUCAUUUCUCUAUAGAGAGCUGGCCUCUUUGACUCCUUAAAGCGAUUUGGAGUUAAGAAGACCUGCCUUCUGAGCUCUACUUCCUGGUUGUGUGGCCUCGGGGAAGUGGCUUGACCUCUCCUUAUCUGGUUUCUUGACCUUGAAGUGAGAAUGAUAACAUCUGCCUCACGGGGCUACAGUAACAAGUCCUGGUCUCAGUAAAGCAGCUCUGAUAGUGCCUUGGCACCAGCAAAUGCUAAAUGAGUGGGAGCCGGUGGCGCUGCCGUUACGAUAUUUCUUCAAUUGCAAAACAUUUUUUUACAUUUUAAUGAUUAUGAACUCAGAAUGUGUCUUAAAAUUGAUGGGUCCCUAAUGUAGUUGCUCUCUCUCUCUCUCUCUCUCUCUCUCUCUCUCUCUCUCUCUCUCUCUCCUGUUUUUAAAAUCAAUUGUGCAUCUUGGAAUGGAAGGCAUCUUGAAAACAAGGCAAUCAAUCCUUAUUCUGUUACAGAAAGUGACACACUCUGACAUUUAACUCCAAUUCUAGGACUCUCUCCCUCAUGGGAUUAGAAUCCCUUUUGAGGAGAAAUUGAGGACUAGGGAGGUGAGAGGAGUGACAGCUGGGUCACCCGCUCAGGCCACCCCACUAUAAAAAUGCUCACUUAAAUACGUCUGGAGAAAUACUGGCAAAUUCUUCCUGCCCAGACACCUUUUCUCUGUACUGUGUUUAAAUACCCACCACGUACCAGGCACGUUGGGAGGUGCUUUCAUAGGCGUUGCCUUAUAGGACUUAUUUUUCCCAAUAACCUCGGGGCGUAUUCUUUUUCCCUUGGCAGAUGAGAAUCUCACACUCCAAGAGAAAAAGCACUUGUCCAGAGUCACACAGCUAGUAAGUUGCAAAGACUCAAACCCAGGUCUCUUUGGCUCCAAGGUCCAUCUUUUUGUUGUAUCACACUCUUCUCCAGCAUCCCGGCUCAAAGAACAUGGACUCCUUUGUGGACUGAACAAGAGGGCAGACUUGUCCGUGUGUCCGAGUGGAGGUCAGGGGUCUGGCCUCCAAACCGAAAGCGAAAGUGGGGGCAAAGCCAGUUGGUAACCACCUUUGAGCUUCCCUGAUUGUAGCGAGAGGCGCCCUUUCUAAACCCACCAGAGCUCUAACGAUUCCUGCUUCAUCCCCCUCUCCCUCUUCUCUCCUCCCCACUCCCCACUUAGGCCCAGGGAGCAAGGUGUGGAACCAGGGCAAAGCCAUUUCUUUAAGGACUCAAGCUCCAAAUAGAUAUGUUACCUAAAUGUAUUCUGCUUUAAAAACAAUUUUUUUUUAAAUAUUCCAGCUCUAAAACCAGACUCUUCCGCCCACAAUAGCCUGGUCCUGGAAUUACUCGAGGAGUUACCUUCUAGUAUCUGUUUCUUUUGCUAAAUGAAAGUUUGGAAAUGGAGGAAAGAAGAAAAGUAGAGAAGUGAGGGGGAGGAAAUAAAAGGGUUUGAGUGUUUUGUUUUAACUGAUAAAAGUCCUGUAAGGGCUCCUGUGUGCAAGUUGAGGUGCUACUAAACCCAUGAAGUCACAGUCCCUGCUCUGGGGAGCUCAGCGGUCUCCUGUGACAGGGACCUCGCAGUACAUUUGUGCAUUUUGUUUCUGACAGGUGCCUUUCCUAACUGAGCAGAUGCUGCCUUAGUUGGCCACUGAAUCAAUAAAAGAUAUUACAUGCUUAAAGGACAAUGUCCAAAAAUAAAAAAUGUUAAAUCAAAUGUUUGUUGAGUUGAUUUCAAUGAAUUUUAGAGCUGGCAAAGACCUUUCCUAAACACUUCCUUUUCCUGACCACGUGAAUAGUGUCCUGAGGGAAAGCCCGGGCCUUUUCAAACACCUCGUCCUCACUUGAAAAGAAUGAUGGAAAAGGCGGGUCGCCAUCAGCAGACCUUCUGGGAGUUUGGAAAGGUGUUACCUUGAUUAAAUAUUACAAAAGCAGUACCAUUUGAAGGCCUGCUGUUAACCACCAGAGGUGCCAAGAUGCCAAAGUUUGGGGACCCAGGGAAGUAUAAGAGACAUUAGAAUGGAACCAAAAUAACCAAUAAUGAUGUUUAUCAUUAACUAAGCGCCUACACUGUUCCAGGCAUAUGUGUAAAUUCAGUCUUAGUUAGUAGUGCUAAAUUGAAUUGAAUUUUCUUGGUAUCCUUAUCAAAUAAGUCCUUGCAUAAAUAUAAGGACUUAUUUCUGGACUCUGAAGUCUAUUUCAUUAAUCUAUAUUUCUGUUCUUAUGCUAAUACCACACCGUCUUGAUAUGGAGUAAGUUUUGAAAUCUGGAAGCAUAAGUCCUCCAACUUUAUUCAGUCCACCAUCUUUUUUAUUUUUCCUUUGUAAAAUAUUUUAGCUAUUCUGGGUCCCUUACAUCUCCACAUGAAUUUUAGGAUUAGCUUGUCAAUUUUCGCCGAAAAAGAAGCUGAGAGUUUGAUAGGGAUUGCACUGAACCUGUAGAUCAUUUUGGGAGUAUUGCCAUCAUACUAGUAUUAAGUCUUUUAAGUUGUUCAUUGCUAGUGAUUUUUGUUGUGGUUUUACU